AUCAGUUAUAUAGUACACAUGCGUAUACUGUGGAGAACGUUUAAGUAUUUUACGAAAGCUUCUUACUAUAGUUUUCAACUAGUCAACGGCAUACCAUCAUGGCGAUGGGUUUUGGUUACGUCUGUGAUUUACAGUUAAGAAAUUUGGCAUAAUGGUCUAAAUUGCAUUUUUUUUGUAAUUAUUUCUAAUAUCCGCAAAAUUUUUUAUUAUUUUAUUUCAAGUAUUUUUAUAUAAAUUACAAAUUUCAUUAUGGUAAAAUUAACAGAAGAAAUGGUCGUGGCUCGGACGCGAAUGUCUGAUUUCUCUGCUGUAAAGAAACUUAAUUGUUGGGGCACAGAAUUAACUGAUGUAAGCAUUUUAAGAAAAAUGAAAAAUGUUGAAGUAUUAUCAUUAAGUGUUAAUCAUAUCAACACUCUUGCUGAUUUUCAAUAUUGUUCAAGUCUUCAAGAAUUAUUUGUUAGAAAUAAUAAUAUCGAAGAUUUAAAUGAAGUUUGUUAUCUUCAAGGUUUACCAAACUUAAGAAAUUUAUGGCUUGGAGAAAAUCCUUGUGCUGAGAAGGAAGGGUAUAGGUUAUCAGUUUUAAGAACUUUACCAAAUUUACAAAAACUUGAUGAUGAAGUAGUAUCACCUGAGGAAGUGCAAACUGCAUUGACAAGAGGUCGUGUUUUAGUUCAUCCUCUUCUUGAUAUGUAUGCUUCCCCACCACAAUCAAAUGCAGUUAGUCCAGAAGAUAUUACUACUGAAUAUAUUGAAGAAAAUGAAGUGACACGACAUCGAAGAUAUAGUUCUUCAAGUGAUCAGAGAAGUUUUGAAGAGACACAACAUGUUCAAGAAGAAUAUCAUGAUCCAGAUCAUAGAAAUGCAAAUUAUAAUGCGUCACCAUCACAUCAUUAUUCACAAAAUAAUCAAUAUGCAUAUGAACAACAAGCAAAUGGACAGUCAAAGAAUCAAAGCAAAGAUGACACUAUACGUACAGAGUCGCGCAACGUCAGUGAAAACGUGGCCACUAACACUAUUGAAAUAAUCAAGGAAUAUGAUGACCGAUCAGCAAUAUCUAGACAUAAUGGAGAUUAUGAUGAUAGAAGAUCUUAUGCAGAAUAUAGUAAUAAUGAUAUUUCUCAACGAACAUAUGCACCAACGUCUCCAAGGACACAAUAUGCUACAAAUGAAAUUCUAGAUGAAAGACGAGCAGAAAGAAAUAAUUAUGAUUAUGAUAAUAGAUUGAAAUCUGAAUAUAAAGAACAUCAUGAUCACAGGAUAAAAUCAGAUUAUGAAGAGCAACAUCAACCAUCAUCUCAACCUAGACGAAUGGCAGUUCAUCACAAUGUAGAAAGAGAAGAUUCAAACCAAGUGCCUGGAUGGGUAAGACAUUCUGACAAGGAAAAAUGUAGAUCACAAUUUCAUUACCAUAGAAGGCCUGUUACAAGAAACUCAAACAUAUUAUCAGCUGUAUUAUGUUUAGUUAAAGAGCUUGAUUAUCCAAGUUUAGAAGUAGUAGAAAUGGCUGUUAGGAAUCGAAUGGAUGAAUUAGAAGAAUGAUGUUUCUGACGCCGUCCCCAAAAUCAGGGGACGGUUACUUUUUCUCAUAUGGGCAGUGUUUCUUCAAUUUCAAGUCCAGAAUUUUCAGAUUCUCUCGAUAGUAUGGUAAUUCCUUGCCAAUAUAUUAUUGAUAACGAUACAAAUUGUAAUAUUGAUCAUCAUACAUGUAAUCGACAUUCGAUCGAUGAUAAUACUGAUAAAUGUCAAAUUCGCCGGAAUGGUUGUAUGGAAACUUCGAUGCGUAGUUCAAAAAAUGUAUCUAUUCAUCCGAAUUCAAGAUAUUUUGGAAAUAAUCAGAAUGUAUAUAAUCUUAGGGACUCUAUACCGGAUAAUCUAAUGUCUGUAGUUAAUAACAGCGAAGAAAAGAAAGCCAAUGAUGUUAGAAGGGUUGCAAGUAGUGACAGCAUCCCUCGCAGUAGCUUUAAUGGUUUAACUUUAAGUCCAGGAUGCAGGGUUUUAAGUCAGGAUUGCGUAAGAAGAUCAAAAAGUCCUGAUAUUAGGAACACGAUCGUUCCUCUUCGCUAUAUUCAGUCAGCAAAAGGUACUUGGACAUAUAAUUUGUAAGUUAAAUUAUAAGUAACAUUAAUAUUCUCUCGAAAUAGAAAAAUUUCAUUUAGAAAAAUAUUUCGAGAAAUUCCUAAAAUUAGAUAAUCAUUAUAUAAUUAAAAAGAAAUGGCAUAAUUUGUGCAGUUUCAGAAGAGGAUAUAUAUAAAACUAUAAAAUUAGAAACAAUUGUGAUAUUUCUUCAAGGAGUAAAAAAUAAAAUUUUAGCGCAAUAAUUUCAAUGUAAUAUACAAAUUGAGUAUACUCAAGAUAAUAUGUUUAUGUACUUUAUAUAAAUGAUGCAAAAAUCAAAGAUGAAUUUUACAUUAUUUAAAAUAAAUAUAUUAUUCAUUGCAUCAAUUAAAGUACUGAGUGCAAUAUUAAUAUAAUAAUAUCUUAAUAUCUUAAUUUCUUAAUAUUAUUUUCGGUAUAAUGUUAUUUAUAAUUUGAAUGAGUAUAAAUGGAGUUGUGUUUUAUAUAUAUAUAUAUAUUUUUUUUUUUUUUUUUUUUUUUAAGAAUUUUGUUUAAAAUAUUACAUGAAUGUUAUAUAUUUUCAAAGAGUUUUUAUAAAUUACAACGUGAUACAAUGUACUUAAAAUUUGUAUAUAAAACAUAUAAUCAAAGAUGAAUUUAUGUCAGAUUAAAUAUUUUUAAAAAAUCUUUAAUAACUUUAAGUUAAGUAAAAUAUUUUACUUAUAUUUAAUAUCUGUCAUUGGAUUUUUUAUAAUGCAGUAAUUUACGAGAUAAAGUGUAAUAUAAUUUCAUGUAGAUUGUACAAAAUAUUUACAAAUUUUUGAGCAUUAAUUUUAAUAAUUUUUUGAAUAUCAUUGAAGAUUACAUUUGUUUUUUAACAAAUGUUUUUCUGUACAUUCAUAUUUAUUUAAAAAAUGUUAAAUUUGUGUAAAAAUUUUAAGUACUGAUAUUUUUUUCAUUUUUAUUAUUAUUAUUUCUAUUAUCGAAUUUCUGUGCGCAUUAGUAUACAUGCAAUAUAAUUUAAAAAUUUAAUUGAUAUUAAUUAAAUUGUAAGUAAAAUUGUAUUCAAAAUGAUAUAAAAAAAAAAUAUAAUGAAUAACAAAACGAAAAUUAAGUUCGUGCAAUAGCACAUAUACACUAUAUAGAUUAAUAUUAGACUGAUAAAUAUUUAUGUAUAUUUUUUUGGAAUGAAAUCUUCAUAUAUGUUAUAAACGGUGUGAGAAUCUAAAUAAUGUGGCUAUUAAAUUCUUUUUACAAUUUAAACCGUUCCACGUAACUAAGCCAAUUUUGAAUCUAGAUUUAAGAUAUUUUAUAAAAAUGCGGAAUAUAAUAUUUUUUGUUACAUAUAACCGUCCACUUAUAUUAUUUUAUAAAUAAUUAAUAUUAUUGUUACUUAAUAUUGUUACAAGACUAUUAUAAUUAAUUGCCUAAUAUCUGUUCAGCGUAAAAUGCAGAUGUUAAAUAUUUUUUUUUAACUUAAAAUAUGUUUUGAGACAAAUUAUAUAUAAUAAAAAUAAAAAUCAUACAUCGUCUUUCAUUUUAAAUGACUUAUAUUAUCAAAAGUUUAAAUCGAAAAAAAAAUUUAAAAUUGUUAUUUAAAUGUUUAUUGUUAUUAUUAUAUUAAUUAUUAUAACUUAAAUUUUUCUAGUUAAUGUAUGCAUUAUUAUCUUAUUGUAAUUAUAAUAUUAAUGUGUUUUACAAAAUAAAGUUUACAAUUAAAAAUAUAA